UCGGCCUUUUGGCUAAGAUCAAGUGUAGUAUCUGUUCUUAUCAGUUUAAUAUCUGAUACGUCCUCUAUCCGAGGACAAUAUAUUAAAUGGAUUUUUGGAACCAGGAGUUGGAAUAGGAGCUUGCUCCGUCCACUCCACGCAUCGACCUGGUAUUGCAGUACCUCCAGGAACGGUGCACCCCUUCGGGGGAUCUCUAAUACUGGUUCAAAAGUGAGAAUACGUCUAAAUUCUGUUGUCUAGGUUGCUGGCUGAUCUUUUGGAAUACCUGGAACCAAUUCCUAAGAUUUUCGUGGCCCCUCACAGAUGUCUGUAACUGCAGCUUCAUGUUCUCCCAGUUUGGCCUUCUGUAUUCAGUCCGAGUCUUCCCGAACGCUGCAGUGGCCCGCCCCGGCUUCUACGCCAUCAUCAAAUUUUACUCAUCGAGAGACGCGCAGAGAGCCCAGAAGGCAUGCGACGGGAAGCCUCUGUUUCAGACAUCUCCAGUCAAGGUUCGUCUCAGCACCAGACACAAGGCACAGCAACAUCAGGCCUUUGCCCUAAACAGCUCACGAUGCCAAGAACUGGCAAAUUACUACUUUGGUUUCAAUGGAUGGUCAAAAAGGAUCAUUAAGCUGCAGGAGCUCUCUGGACUGGAGGACGACACUCUCCCGGUGCCCGUGCAGAGGCAGAGCCUCAGGUUCCUCUGUGCUGUCGAGGUGGUGCUGCCGCUGUACGGGUGCAGGAGCCCUGGAGUCGGCGUCGCUGAGGAACCUCUGCAUCAGCUGGAGGAAGGACAGUCAUCAUAUCUGAUGAGAAGGAAGACAGCUCAGAAGCUCGCAGUCCAGAGCGCUUUGUCAGACGCCUUCCAGAAGCUGGCCAUCGUGGUUCUGGAAAGCGGUAAGGUCGCGGUGGAGUACAGACCCAGUGAAGAGUCCUUGGAUGCCACAAGUGAAGAACUGCACGGUUUAAUCCAGGUGCGCUGCCUUCCUUGGAAUCAGUCCAGCCAAGGGGAGGAAGAAUGUCUCUCGGAUUUCAGCUUGGAAGAGGAAGAAUGGAAGCUGCAAGAGCUGCACUAGCAUCCUGACUGUCAGAUGCCCUGCCUGCCCUCUGACUUUCUUGGGAAGUCCUACAUUUCUGGUCAGUGGGCUGCCGGCAUCCCCAAUCGUGAGGCCCAGAUCUUUCCUGGUGCCUUGAAAGAGGUCUAGGGAUGCUAGGACACUAUCACUAUGGUGGGAAAAGGUUCCCCCUGCAAAAUGGAACUGGGCCCCAGCUAAUAAAGGCUGCCUAACAAAGGUU